GCGAGAUUACGGGCAGGGCCGGCCUCGAGACGCACGAGAGGUGCCCGGAUGAGCGCCUGAUUGCGUUCGCCAUGGAGACCUGGGGCUGCUGGUGCGCAGAGCUUGGGAGCUGGCGCGCCUACACGGCGCUUAGCUGCGCGCUGCACCGCCAG